CAGCUCUUCAAAUCAGAUCUGCCUGAGAGGACCUACUUGGGUGGCCGCUGACCAGUCCUUGCCCCAGGAUGGGGACCACGUCCAGAGCAGCCUUGGUCUUGGCCUGUUUAGCUGUUGCUUCUGCAGCCUCUAAGGGAGGCGGCAAGGCUUCAGGGCAGAGGGAGCUGGGGCCAGUGCACCUCACCCACCCCUUUCAAGAAGUUGGCUAUGCUGCACCCCCUUCCCCACCUCUGACCAGAGCUCUCCCCAUGGAUCACCCUGACACCUCUCAGCAUAGCCCUCACUUUGAAGGACAGAGUGAAGUACAGCCAUCUCCAUCUCAGAAAGCCAUCCCUGUCCAAGAGGAGCUGCCCCCUCCCCAACUCCCUGUGGAAAAGAAAGGGGAUCCACCUCUCCCUCAAGAGGCCGUCCCCCUACAAGAAGAGCUGUCCCCUCCCCAGGUCCCUAUUGAACAGAAGGAAGAAAAGCUGGCUCCCUUCAUGGACCACAGCCCCCCAGAGCCUGAGUCUUCGAAUCCAGCCCAGCACUGCCAACAGGGCCGACACCAAGGUGGCUGGGGCCACCGGCUGGAUGGCUUCCCCCCUGGGCGGCCUUCUCCGGACAAUCUGGACCAGAUCUGCCUUCCUAAUCGUCAGCAUGUGGUGUACGGCCCUUGGAACCUGCCACAGACUGGCUUUUCCCACCUUGUUCGUCAGGGUGAGACCCUCAAUUUCCUGGAGACUGGAUAUUCCCGCUGCUGCCGCUGUCACAGCUACACAAACCGCUUGGACUGUGCGAAAGUCACGUGGGAGGACGCAAUGACCCGGUUCUGUGAGGCCGAGUUUUCUGUUAAGACCCGACCCCAUUUGUGCUGCAAACGUCAGGGGGAGGCUCGAUUCUCCUGCUUCCAAGACGAAGCUCCCCGGCCACACUACCAGCUCCAGGCCUGCCCCAGCCACCAGCCUGGUAUUUCCUCGGGUCCUGAGCUGCCUUUUCCCCCUGGGCUACCCACACUGGACAAUAUCAAGAACAUCUGCCACCUAAGACGCUUCUGCUGUGUGCCACGCAACCUCCCAGCUACUGACCCCAUCCAAAGGCAGCUGCAGGCUCUGACCCAGCUGGAGGGGGAGUUCCAGCACUGCUGCCGGCAGGGGAACAACCACACCUGUACAUGGAAGGCCUGGAAGGAUACCCUUGAUGGCUACUGUGAUCAGGAAAAGGCUACAAAUACCCACCACUACUCGUGUUGCCACUACCCUCCUAGCCCUGCCCGAGAUGAGUGCUUUGCCCGGCAGGCUCCCUAUCCCAACUAUGACCGGGACAUCUUGACCCUGGACCUCAGCCGAAUCACCCCCAACUUCAUGAGUCAUCUCUGUGGAAAUCAAAGGGUUUUCACCAAGCAUAAGCAGAUUCCUGGGCUGAUCCAGAACGUGACUGCCCGCUGCUGUGACCUGCCGUUUCCAGAGCAGGCCUGCUGUGCUGAGGAGGAGAAAUCAGCCUUUAUUGAUGACCUGUGUGGUCCCCGACGUAACUUCUGGCGAGACUCUGCCUUCUGCUGUAAACUGAGUCCUGGGGAUGAACAGAUCAACUGCUUCAACACUAAUUAUCUGAGGAAUGUGGCUCUAGUGGCUGGAGACAUUAGGGGUGCCAAGGACCAGAGGGAGCAGGGCCCAACUUGGGGAACAAAUAUCAGCCCCACCUCUGAGCCCAAGGAAGAGUGAGCCACCGCAGACAGAGCCUUGGAGGAUCAGAUUGGGGGACCCCAUCCCACCCUCCUGGAAUACUCGUUACAGUAAACACCUCUUGGAUUUGGCCUCAUUGUGUCUGUUGUCUCACACAAACACACCCUCCUAAGCCUGCCCGAUUUUCUUCAGUGUCUGGCCCCUGAGGCCCACUGCCCCACCCCCACUAACUGAGCUGAAGUCUUUCCACAGGCUUUGUCGGGACCAAAACUAAAUGGUUUAACUUCAGUAUUUGUCAUCUUGAAUUUAUUCACACAUUUAAAAGGAAUGUCACUUUGUUAGCUGGCUAUCAGGAUUCAGAAGUGAAAAAGAUAUGAUUCAUGUCUUUGGUGAGCCCCCGAAAGUGGCUCACCACUUUCAGUGUCAGUCCUGCCUGACACUUUUAAUCUUCACUCUGAUCCGUGGAGUCCAUGUGUUUAUUCAUUCCGUGUACAUUGAUUGAACCGUCGACGUGCACCGUGCUAGACUGCGGGAUACACAUUCGGAAACCAUACAGUUCCUUCCUUCAGGUUGCUCACAUUCCAGGAACCUAGCAGGUGUGAUUAGUGUUGUGGUACAGGGCUGCCAGAGCGCCAGUAUGCUCAGAGCACUUGAUAACCGGGCCAGAGCUGGGAGUAGGGCUGGGGGCAGUAGGGGUGCACCAGGGAAGGCCUCUGCAGGGGUGAGGUCGGAGCUUCUCCAGGAGAAGUAGAGGGUACAAGAGGCAGGUACGGACCGGGCGAAGGGGCGACUCAUGCAGAAGCACAAAGGCUGAAAGGACCUGACGGUGGUUGUUCCUCCCAGAUGAGUCUGGAAAGAUGAGCAGGAGCUCAUCACGAAUGACUCAUCUGCCCGGCUUAAAGGGCCUCUUGGCACCUCUGCCCGCUAGGCACCGGCCCGCUAGGGCACCGGUGGUUUCAAGCAGAAUAUGUGUUCACAUUUGCCUUUUAGGAUGUCUAGUCGGCAGCCAGCCAGGCAGGAACCUGGGAGGCCAGUUCGGACAGUGUCGUGCCAAUGCCUGAGGGGAGGGCGCCGUAGCACCCAGACCGGAGCUUGACCACAGGUUGGCGGGACCCUGCGGCCCUUCGAGGUUGACCACAGGAAACCGGAGCCUCCAGGCUGGAGCUGAAAGAACUGGAAUGAAGGCUUAGUCCCGUGGGACCCGUCCUCUGUGAUUCUGCUGCCUGGACAACUUUACAGAAAGCAGGACGUCCCCGGCCCAGCUUAUGGAGGAAGAGGGUGAAACAGGGACUGCCGUCCUUCCCCAGCCGGGGACUAGAUAAGCCCCAGCAGCUCUAAAACUGACACCCGCCAUUCCCUCCGCUCCUCCACCGCCUUUUAUUUAUUUACUUACACUUUGCCCGCAUAGCAGUUUUUAACCCAUCAGCGUCUUAGCAGCUCCUUCGCCUGUCCGUCAGCACGAGGGCCAAUGAGCGGGCGAGAGACACUCCGUGCCCCGCCCCUGCGACUGCAACCCGGCCAGCGCGGGCCUGCUCGACCCCGGCCGCGCGCUCGGGUAGCGCUCUCGUAGGGCGUCAGCUUCUGCGCGCGGACGUCUGGGCCCAUU